AUGGAACUCGUGAAAAUUGAAACUGCUCGUCAUCAUCAGGACGAUGAGAGAAUGAGAGUUCUUUACGAGGCAUCAUACGAAGGAAGCGUUUCAACUUUGAACAUGCUAAUACAGCAAGAUCCGUUAAUCUUGCACAGAAUUAACUCGCGAACUAUCCUUAUUGAAACUCCAUUACACAUAUCAGCUUUACUCGGCCACCUUGAAUUCACCGAAGCCCUUCUUGCUCACAAACCCAAACUAGCCCUUGAGCUUGACUCCUUCCGAAGCACACCUCUUCAUGUAGCUUCUGCAGAAGGCCACAUCGACGUUGUGAAGCAGUUGUUGCUGUAUUAUGACGACGCGUGCUUCGUUCGUGACCAAGAAGGCAGAAUUCCCUUGCACUACGCUGUUAUAAGAGGGAGACCAGAGGUUGUGAAAGAGCUAAUUAGAGUAAAGCCAGAGUCUUCGAGGAUUCUUGACAAAGGGAAGACCAUUUUUCACUUGUGUGUGGCGUACAACCACUUGCAGAUCAUCAAAGCUUUGAUAGAGUUGGCUAUUGAUGACACCUACGAACUCCUAAAUGAGAGAGACUUGGAUGGAAUGAACACUAUUCUCCAUUUGGCUGUCAUGUUGAAGCAAGUUGAGACUGUGAGGUACCUCAUGUCAAUUCCUGAAAUAAGAGAAGCGUCAGACUUGAAGAACAGCAUGGGUUAUACUGCCCACGAUAUUCUUCAGCGAAUUCCGCAGGACUUCAAGUGCCUAGAAAUACAAGCUAUACUGAUGAACUACCCUGGCAUCAAAAGCGAAAAUGUACAAAUGAACACUACUCCUGAAGCACUGACGACUAAUACUAAUGUUGUGGGCCAACAAGAAGUGAGACCUCGGGAGAAGUUUUGGAGAAAUAUUUUAAAGCGUAUGGGAAAAUGGUUCGAUCAUAAUAGCGACAAUAAUUGGUUAGAAGAUAUGAGGGGAAAUUUAAGUCUUGUGGCUACUGUCAUGGCGACCAUAACCUUUCAAGCUGUAUUUAACCCUCCGGGAAAUGUGAUUCAACAGGGUAUAUUAGUCAGUUCCAACAGCACCAUCAAUGAAGGAGACAAAAAUUUUAUCGCUUUUAUAGAAUCAAGUCCCCUCGGCUGCUUGCCAUUCAAGAGUUAUGAUAGUCGUCACGACUUUACUCCGCAUGCAUGUCCUGGAGAAGCUAUGCUUGCUUCUCGUAAGCCAGAUCUCUUUCAGAUGGUGUUUCUAAAACGACAGCGUUGCAACUCUGCAAUGAUUUCUACAGGUGAGGAGAUACUGGGGCUUCGACUUUCGCCUUCGACAUGGGCUCAAUCACCGGACCUGGCUCUUGGUACCAUGUGA